ACAAUCCCUCGCCCGUUCCCUCCCUGUCUGUUCCUCUGACCGGUUCAGCUUCGCUCAAGCAGCGCUGCUCUUUGCUUAUUCAUUUUCAUUAACUUGAUUGAGCUGCUGCUUUUGCCGUCUGCGACGGUCUUUGGAAUACAUCCGCCCACCCUCCUUGCCAGCUUUCAACAAAACCGACCCUCAGUCUCGUGUAAUCACAAUGCACUUCGCGACCAUCUUCUACGUGUUUGCUAUGCUCUUUGUGUGCGCCUUCGCUGCGCCCCUCCAGGUCCGCCAGGAGACGGUGUCCAACGUCGUCUGCACGAGCAAGACUGCGCUUGACUUCCACACUUCGAACGUCGCCCUGCUGCAGAUCUGCGGUGGCAUCGCCGGCUCGAUCGAGAAGUGCGAGGGCUCACCCACGUCCACCGUCGGCAAGUCGGGCAACGUCCAGUUCACCAUCAAGCCUGUCGUGAAGGGCGAUACCAUCAACAUCUCCAAGGGUCGCUGGGAACAGGGUAUCAAGGCCGCGUUCGCCGUGUGCGGCCAGAACAUCCCCUUCACCGCUACCUUCACGGGCGGCGCGACGAAGGGCGAUGUCAACGUUACCUACGGCUCAGCGUAAUAUGUUGGCGGUUAGCGGUUUCUAUGGUUAGGAAGUCACUACGUUUUGGAUGUACAGUCGGAAUGUCACUUUCUUUUGGGAAUGUCAACCGGG